UAGCUGUCUUGGAGAGAGAGAGAGACAACAUAGGGAGGAGACGCUUGUGAGUGGAGAGUGCAGAUAAAGAGGGGAGGAAAUGAGACAGCCGGCUGAGGCCUGUUCACACACCGCCCCGGGUACAGCAGCAUGAAACCAGAGAGGAAAGGGUUACAGAGCAGGCCUGCCAGGCUCAUCCCAGAACAGUGAGUCAGCAGAGUACAGUAGAAAGCUGACACGCCCCCUCCACAAGACAAAAUGAAAUACACCCACACUAUGAACUGAGAAUUCCUGAAAGAUACCACCUAUUGGUUCCUUUUUUUUUUUUUCCAAACAGCAGCCAUGGACGAUACUGAAUUUGGCCGUUUUGUGGACUGGGAUAAGAUGGAUACUGGAGGACAGGAACAGAGCCCUAAAGUAUUAAACUGUACAGAUUUCCAAGAGCUAAAACAACUAUCACGUCAGGGGUACUGGGCAAAAAGCCAUUCAUUAAGGGCCAAGGUAUAUCAAAAACUGAUAAAGGAGAUCCCGUGCCGCACGGUAACACCCGAUGCCAGUGUGUAUCGUGACAUUGUGGGCAAAAUAGUUGGCAAGCGAAAUGCCAGCACCCUGCCUCUGCCUGAGUUUGUGGAUGACCGACAGGUUCCCAGCUACUGUCUAAACUCCGAAGGCGUAGGAGCUGUUAGAAAAAUACUCUUGUGCAUCUCAAACCAGUUCCCCGACAUCUCCUUCUGCCCUGUCCUUCCAUCUAUUGUUGCCCUUCUCCUCCACUAUAGCCAGGAUGAAGCAGAAUGCUUUGAAAGCGUUUCCAGAAUACUGGCUUGCAAUGACCCCAACAAACGGCUUGUUGACCAGACUUUCUUGGCUUUCGAAUCUUCUUGCAUGACCUUUGGGGAUCUUGCAGGCAAAUACUGCCAGGGACCCCACAAGCUCAUGGUAGCCGUAUCUGCAGAUGUCCUAGAGGUUUAUUCUGACUGGCAGAGGUGGCUUUUCGGAGACAUGCCCUUUACCUAUGUUGCACGUUUGUUUGACGUGUUUCUGGUGGAAGGUUAUAAAGUGUUAUACAGGGUAGCCCUAGCUAUUCUCAAGUUCUUCCACAAAGUAAGAGGUGGCCAACCAAUGGAGACGAACAACGUAAAAGGAGACAUCCAAGCGUUUGUGAGGGACGUCGGAAAGUCUGUGUCCCCUGAGAAGUUGCUGGAGAAGGCCUUUGCAAUUCGCCUCUUCUCCCGUAAAGAAAUUCAGCUGCUUCAUAUGGCAAAUGAAAAAGCUCUGCAGCAGAAAGGGAUCACUGUAAAACAGAAAAGAGUAAAGUCUUCUGGCCGACAGAAUGUCCACCUGGCUGUCGACGCAGAGAACUUCAAGUCUGCCAUUGUGAGCGUAAAAGAAAUGAAAGACAUUUGGUCCUGGAUUCCAGAGAGAUUUGCCCUCUGCCAACCACUAUUGCUUUAUACCAAUCAAGAACAUGGCAACAGCCUGAGCAGGUUUUACUUGCACUGUGAAGGACAUGAGCCUACCCUGCUGCUUAUCAAAACCAGCAACAAAGAGGUUUGUGGUGCGUUUUUGUCCACUGACUGGAGCGAACGAAGGAAGAGUGGGAACAAGCUGAGCUUCUUUGGGACUGGAGAGUGCUUUGUAUUUCGGCUGCAGCCAGAGGUGGAGCGCUAUGAGUGGGUGAUAAUAAAGCAUCCGGAGCUUGGUAGAGCUUCUUCGGCAAUUGCAGACAAUGAGUCUAUCUCUGUCCAGGAGACAGCUGAAUGCUCUGACCCCUCCAACCGUCUGUCACCCUUUCUGGCCACUCGUCAUUUCAACCUCCCAUCCAAAACUGCCUCCAUGUUCAUGGCAGGGAGCACAGAGUGCAUCAUCAUUGGAGGUGGUGAUGGACAAGCUUUGUAUCUGGAUGCUGAUCUGAACUAUGGACGAACCAGUCACUGCAAUACCUUCAACAACCAGCCUCUGUGCUCAGAGACUUUCCAGAUCGCCACCAUUGAGGUGUGGGGCUUUAAGGACAAUCUGAACAAUGAAGAGCGCUCCUCUGCGUUACCAUGAGGUGAUUCCUUUUCAUAGCAUUAACGUGUAAUUCUGGACAUGUUUUGGCUGGGCGUGCAGAGCCGGUAUGGUGGCAGCUCGAUCUCCUGCUCUCCUUCCAUCAAUGUGCAGAGCUAGUUUGUCGGACUUUAAUACUGAUUGACCAAAUCGAAUGGGCCUAUGGACUCUUACUUGUAAGCAGAAGUGAAACUGUCUUGACAGUCUCAUUGGACCAAGCAAAAUUGUGCACAUUCCAGUCCCUAAACAGGUUCCUAUUAGAUUAAUUCCUGCUGAUAUUCUAAUGGGAGCCUCCUGUAGACUCCUGUCCGGUUCGGUGCCUCUCCUCCAUGUUUGCUGUGUACAUCUCCUUGUUUCUUGUCCUCUCACUUUCACCUGCUCCCCACAGUGUUCCAUGUUCAGUAGUCCCUUGUCCGAUUUGUUCUACAAAACCAGAAAUUAUUGGAAGGGUCACUUCCGAGUCUGGACAGAUGUGACAUUAUAUGAAUUUACCUGAGCCCAUCACCCUAUGUGGUGAAUAUUUCAAGAAUAAAAGUCAAUCUCAGA